UUUGAAGUAAAAGUUCAGGCUCGAUGUGAUGAAUGCAAUUUGGUGGUACAUACCAAAAUGGAGGGUUUUAUUGGCAUAUGGGAUCAUCUUGACGGAUGGUAAAUUUUCUAGGGCACGGAAGGGUUAAAUCUACGGACUGUGGCGUUUAUCUUAGGGUCGAAAACAUUGUUAUACCUGCCGCAGAACGGCUUUUACGGCUAGAAGCGGGAAGGACAGCGGUUUUGGUGCAUUCAAGAUUUUUUCAGGCUUUUCCCACGAAAGUUUGAGUUUUUAUCGGGGCACUGGUUAAUUUAUUAGUGCACAGACGUUCAUUUGUGUGUUUUUGCGGCGAGCCUUAUGCGGCGAUUUACCUUUCAUGCAGUUUUGCUUUUAUUUAUGAUGGACUGAGGUAAUCGAUUCAUUGACAAUGGCCGUGGUCCAGUGGUCGCGCAAACUCUGGCCAAAAGUUUGAGGAAUUUUGGCUAUUACUGGAUUGAAGAUUUAUUCCAUUGGAAGUGCCAUCACCUUUCAAGAUAAUUUGAGCAAUUUCUUCACCGAGGAGCGCGGAAUAGUAGAUAUUUUUCAGUGUAUUUUGGAUCUGUUGUAUGGAUCGGCGAGAAUCCGUGAUUGGUUCACGCGCGUAAGAGUCGAAAUUUAAAACUCCCUCCUUUUUACUCGUUCCACAAGCUUUGUGGCAUAAUAGUAAUAAAGUUUAAUCGAGGAACACGAUGUUUCAACCGUCGCACUUUCAAAAGAUGGCCCAGCAUUUGGGCAUUGACUCUCUGUCCUACGAAAAGGAAUACAAUGGAUUUAUGACAAAGUUGAAGAACUUUCACGAGUCUAAGGGGACGCCAUUUAGACGAUUGCCGUGGCUAGGAGGGCAAUAUUUAGACUUAUACCUCUUGUACCGUAAGGUAACUUCAGCCGGUGGCUGGGUGAAGGUUACAGAGGAGAAGAGGUGGCGAGACAUUGCUGAAGUUUUUAAUUUGCCGCCAACAUGUACGAACGCCGCUUUCGCUUUACGACAACACUACUCUCGCUAUUUGGAAAGCUUCGAGAGAAUCAACUUCUUUGGGGAAGAUGCAGAGGAUGUUCUAGCAGCUGGAAGACCCCAUACACCAGUUGGUGGAGGCACAUUCACUCAACACGUUCCUUCAGUGGCAACAUCAGAUUAUAUUUCCGUCAUUUCCACCAGCAAAGAUCCAAAAAGAAACUUUGACAAGCUUGUCCUUUCUCUUCAAUGUGGCAUGCCAAAUGAAGUGGAUUUUGCCAUUAACAUUUGUAUGCUGUUGUCAAAUGUUAGCAACUCCGUGUUCAAUCUCAGCAAGGCACCUGCAGUGGUGGAUACAUUACUUGCACAUGUUGGGGUAUUUUCUGAAGAUUCCCAUGGACUAGGAGAAUUAUAUGAACAGUGGUAUGCAAAACAGGAUAUGGAGAGAGAUUUCACAAGGUUUUGGAAGGAAGGUCUAACUGUGAAAGGGGUUGAGGACAUUCUAUGUAGUGACAGUGAUGAUAAGACUACAGACCAGGGAUCUCUUUUUCACCCUUCCAGAAAGAAAAUUGGUGCUAAGGAUGUUGAGUGCCAAAGAAUUUCUCAGGUUGGCAUGAUCUUUUACAACUUCUCCUUUGACAGUGCUAAUGCUGAUGUGCUUGCAAGCCAUCCAUUGUGCUUGAAGUUCUUAGUGCUGUGCAUUUGCAGUAAUCAUGGAUUUCUGCAAAGAAUGGCUUGGGAAACUCUUUCGAAUUUAGCAGAGAAGAUGCUAAUGGACCCAAUUGAGUCAACAAGUACACAGAUGUUUUUUCAGAUGCUGCAUUGCUUUUUAGAUCAUAAAGAUCGUUACCAUGUCAUCAAUGCCAUGGAUGUUUUGGGCAAAUUGUGUACCCUGGAAAGAAAUGAUGAGGUUAUAGAAACUGGCCUUGAACCUGAGGCUUAUCAAUCACUCAUUAAAGUUCUGAUUAUCAGUGAUGUUCAGUUGGUUCUGUCUUCUCUGGAAUCACUCUACAAUUUGUCUGGAGUAGGGCAAGUGACAUCUGAUCAUAUUGCAGAGGUUAAUCAUAGUAUUGAUAUUCUGGUGUGUUUGGUGACUUUGGAUGCAGAAUCUUUUGGACCAGAAGCCUUAUCAGAGGUGCAAAUCUUAGAAAAAAGGAUUCCAACUGCCUUGCCAGCAACACCAAAGCCACAACCAGCUACAACACCAGUUGCUCCACCACAACCAAGAGAACCAGUUCAACAACAGCAAGCCCCAUCUUCCAGUCCAUCCCCUGGUCCAGUGACCAGUCCCUCUCCUACACCAGCCCCCAUCAAGACAACAGGAACUGAAAUUGACCCAGAGACUUUUACUUUCAACUGGCUUCAGGGAACUUAUGAACAUUCACCUGGAAAUUCUGUUUCUCGCAUUGACAUAUAUGCAGACUAUCUGUCAUCUUGUAGUAGACUGGCUAGAGUAGGAAUCCUUAAUGCAACAGCAUUUAAUCGCAUCAUCAAAUUGGCUUUUCCUGAUGGCCAGCUUCGAAGGGUGCAGUCUGGGGUAAAUGUCCAAUACGUCCUAGCAGGUUUAAAACGUAGAGCUAACCCACUUCCAGUUAAAAGCCGAACAGAUUCACCAGCACCUCAGCAUGUUGCAAGCCCUCAUCUAGCAACUCAGCAGCAAGGACAGAGAAUGCCCCCUGGUCAGCAGGCCAUCAAUAGGACUCCCACCCCUCCUGUUCAGAGUCAAAUGUCCCCAGGAUGGAAUCCACCUAAACAGCAAAAUGUGACAGUUGCACAGCAAACACUCCCUUCAUCAAUGCCGAGGCAAUAUGAACAGAGGUCCACACCACAGGUUUCUGUGAGCAAUCAACCACAGAUGCUUGGAAUGGCCCAACUUCCAAGAAGACCAAGUACAUCUAGUCAGGGAGCCAUUCAAGCAACGGUAGAUCAGGGAGUAAGACAAUUUACUACACCAGCUUUGCAACAGCAAAAUCUCCAAACUGUGGCCAAUCAACGGCACAUGAUCGGAGGGCAAACGCAAAGGAGUCUUGGUCCAACUGAUAAGGCUCAAACCCUUGAGAGAGUAGCAGCUAUGCGUAGAGCAAGUGUGGAAGGAACUAGUGCUCUGCAGGCACAGAAUCCACAAGCCCUCCAGCAUCAUUCCCAGGGGAAGAUCAUGCAGAGAAUGCCCAUAUCUUCCCAAAGUCCAGGCCCAUCUAGAGGAGAUCAACAGCAAAUGGUUCACAGCAUGCCACCAACUGUGCAAGCGUCUCCAGGUCAAAAGGGCUCCAGUGGUGCUUUUCCAGCUCAAUCCAUCCCUGCUGAUGUACCUCGUAGUCCUGUUCCUCCACAGAUCCCACUAUUGAGGUCUCCACUUCCUUCAACAAGGUCUACCCAGCCACUCACAUCACAACCAACUCAGACACCAUUUUCAGCAGGCUUCAUACAAAGACCUGUUACAGCAGCAGAACCAUCCUCAUAUCGACCAACAGCCGCCUACCGGCAACAAGCUCCUGCUUUUCCUCAGCAGCAAAGUGUACGCCCUGCACCACCUGCUUACAGUGGGCGGCCUCUGUAUCACGGGUCUUACCCACCCCUUGCUCCUAAACCUGCACCGGGAGUCAAUGUUCAAUUAUCUCAAGAAAGCCAGUUGAGGAAGAAAGUUUCCUCUAAUACUGCCGUCGGCGGGAGCCAUCCCGGAACUCCACAAGUAGUGAGACCUCCCUUUCUUAGGGAAGAAGUUACAACAAGACAGAUUUUUGCUCCUCAUGAGAAUGCACCCAAUACACCACCCUCACCUGUUUUGUCCCCUUCCUCAAGGAGUGGACAGCCGUUCAGGGGUUCUCAACCAGACUUAUCGGGUGGACAUGGUGGAAGAAACGUCAGACCUGGACUAAUAAAGAACAGCAGACAACCGUUUUCUGGGAUUAGACAAGAAGGUGUCGUCCUCAUAGCACAGGAAGAGAGGGCAGCAGAUGUUGUUUCUUCAGGCCUUUUAGAGGGCGCAGCGGAACAAAAAAUUGUCGUCAUAGAAAACAAAAAUAGAACAGAUAUCAUCCCAAAUAAUUCGCUGUCUUCAGCGCACGCUAAUACUGCCCAUGAGCAUUCAAAAUUGUCAUCUGGGAACGCGUCAGUUAAUACAGGAGAUGAAAUUUGCAGAUCGAACAUUGAUGAACAUUUUGAUCAGUCAUUAGAGAGAAUGCCGUUGAAUCAGGGAGAAAAAAACUCUCUUCAGAGUAUACCCAAGUCAACUUUGUACCCUUCCAGUAAUGGUUCUUUAAAAAGAGACUUGAAUAUUCAUGCAACCUACGGAAGUAGAACUUCUGCAUCAAACGAGGAAAACCUGAAUGGCCAGCGCGAUAAUGCCAGUGAUGAGUUUGGACAAGUAAAGAGGCCAAGACUGGAUAGUAGAAUAUCCUCCCUUGAAAAUGAAUUAGAAAAUUCUUCGUCGAUACCAUCUAGAACUGGAAGUCCAACCCCUCUUGUUAAUGGUGACAUCAAGGCUGAUCCAAGGAACAAACUGAUUGAUAAACUUUUAGAUAAGGAUUUGCAUUUGCCUCUUAAUGGCGUUUGUGGAAUCGAUUCGUCCGAUAUAGACCUUCUUGCUUCCGACGGAGAGAGACUCAGUAGUAGUAAGGCGUCAUCACCAGAUCUCUUUGGAAGCGAAACAAAUUCGGAUUUUGGUAAAUAUUUAGAGGAGAGCGAUACAGAUACGGGCUUGUUUAGUGAUGUUCUGCAAGGAGAUUUAAGGAUAGAUCCGAUGGAGAAUGGUACUGAAGGCACUCACCAAACGGCAUCGAAGAUGCCAAAUUUUCCCGUGGGAACCUGUAAUGAAGGUGCAAUUGUAUCCAGCGAUAAAGGCAUUCCUGCUGGAGCUACGCAGCAACAAGGCAAGAUUCCUAUUCCUCCAACGGUGAGACCAGACCCCGUUCCUGGCCAGUAUAAUGCUACGGUCAAUCGGCUAUCACUUACAGGAAAUUCACCCUGGAAUUCUACAAACAAUGUGAAUCUUGAGUCAAAGACAGGCUUAAGCCUUUCGUCAGCGUCUGUCAAUGUACAAAAAGUUACAUUUCCACAUCAAAAUAACCAGCCGAGUUCUCAGCAAAUGGUAGUAACUCAUGAUUCUUCAUUCAUUCAGCCUUUUACGACGCCGAAAAACAUACUGCCCAGACCUCAGGGGCCAGAUAUUGUCAAUAGCAAAGCUCCAGUCUCUCAAGGAUUAGGUAUUCAACAACCCUUGAUGGCUUCAUCUUCUCAUGGAGGGCAGCAAAUGGCUGCAGAUCAAACAGCCUUACCACGUGGAAAUGUCGCUCCGAGCAGAGGAAUGCCACCCGGCUGGGCCCCAAGUGGAGUUCAACAUCAGCAACUGCCGGUAGCACCACAUGCUGCUCGCAGGGUUCAGCCUGCUGCUGCUAUUGGAUUUCAGGUAGCCUCACCAGUUGGUGCACCCCUGGUACCCCAAGGUGCUACUGUGCCUCCUGGUUCUCUGAGCUUGGGUUUAUCACCUGGUUGGCAGCCUCAGUUACAACAACAGCAAAAAUCUGUGACUGUUCACCCGGAUGUGACGACUCAAGGUGUGGCCACACCUGGGGCAGCGAUUUACGAGGCAACAUCUACGUCUCAAAGUAGACCACCAACUAGCCCCAUGCAGUUUCAGCACCCUGCCAUGCCACCAGCUGUGAAGAACGUAGUUCAAAACCCAGUUGGAUCCUUGCUAGUUACUCCGACUGCUCCUCAGGUGUUUGCACCUACCUCUCCUGCGCAUGUUAGCCAAGCCGAGUUUUCAGCACCUCAGAUGGUGUCUUUCAAACCUUUUAGAUGUCGAUGGACUACUUGCUAUAGCUCAUUUGACACCAGCAAAGAGUUAUUUGCACACGUGGUUAGUGAACAUGUCCCUCGUGACAGUCUGGUCAUGUCGUGUAUGUGGGAAGGUUGCCCAUCAGUGCGCCGCUCACGUUCGUCACUUUUAUUUCACCUUCAGCAAAAACACAGUGAAGCGUCACCCGCUCCCAACUCUCUCCCGCCCCAACCAGCUCAACAUCAGUCUCCUCCUGUGCAACCUCCUCCACAACCUCAGCGUAAUACCCAGCCUAAUCCCCAGCCUCCUCCGCCUUCCACUCCGUCCACGUCAUUUGUUCCUGCAUAUCACUUCCUAGCUCGCAUGUUGCAAUCAUUGCAGGGUGAAGAAGAAUCGCCGUUGACGAAGUCAGUACGGUUAACUGCAGCCCUUGUUCUGAGAAACGUGGCACAGUACUCAGCUUUAGCCAGGAGCUUAUUAAGACGUCACGAAAGUCGACUGUCACUUAUUGCCAUGUCCAACUCAGAAGCUGCUAAUGCUAUUGCGGCCUGUCUCUCUGAAUUGUCUCCACAUAGAAAGGGUUCGUCAGAAGACUCUGGUGUCUUUUUCUGGGCACCAAGCAGAUAAUAUAAAUUUUAUCAAAGCAGGGUAAUCAUUCCGAUGACUGCAUCUUUUGCUAUCAAAUCUGACGCUCUUUGAAGACGAAAUUACGAGAAUCUAACAAUAGAAGAAGUACACAGGCUUCUUUGGUAAUCUUAUUCCUUUGCAGAUGGCACAAGUUUUACUGUUUCUUCAGAACUUGUGAGAGCGUUUUUGUUUUUGCUAAGGUUUUACAUGCGGCCUCAAGUAUUUUUAAGACUUGCAGGCUAGAGAUAAGUAAAAAGCGUCUCUGUGCUAGGAACGUACAACGUGACGUUGAUAAAGAAAUAUUUCGUUUGUAUAGAGAGAGAACAUUAUUGGAACAGAAAUAUUCAAAGUAGCUGUUCAUACCUGAUUGAGUAAUAUAAUUAUUUGUACAGUUCUUUUAUGACAUUCGCUUCUCCGUUAUGUAAGCUCUUCUCCAAAACAAGAAACGCCAUGCAUUGAAAUCAGUGAAGAAAGCAAAUUAUUGAGCUCGGUAAUGUACUUUUUAUUCGGAAUGUUGGGUUGUUAUAAUAAUAAAUAUUGAAUUAUAAACUGAAUCUAUUUUCAUUCACCCAGUUAAAUGAUGUCCUCUUAAGAUGUAUUACUGACAGGUCUUUUUCUAUGGCAUCCUGUUAAUGAUGCUUACUCUUUUCUUUGUUAUCCAUCUAUGUCUGUAAAUAAUCAUUUUGCAUUAUUUAUACGUGAUGAUAAGUUGUACAUAGCGUACAAGUAUACUUCGUUUGGACUGCGAAGACACCGGUAAGCGUUGGAUUACUAUAGCUUAAAAUAUUUAUAGUACUGGAAUCCACUUGGUGUCGGUUUUUUCUACAUUGUUCAUGACUUUGCAAUGGAAAAAAAACUUAUCGCUUUCUCUUUGAUCAAUAAAAUUUUUGUAUCACCGUA